CCGUCGAUAGUCUGAACGAUGGUUUAUAGACGUAUUUGUGUGAGUUGAAUAAGUUGUACCGACUGGGAGUUAAAUACGUUUCAAUGUAUAGCGUAUCGAUAUAGAUUAUAGUUAAUAGGUACGUAGUCGUAGAUAUUUUUUAGAGUAGGGCAAAUUGAAUCUCUAGUGAAUAAGUAAAGGCCUACACGAUGCCUCUUUUUGGUAAAAAAGAUUUUGGAAGGAAAUCUAAAAAAGAUGGCAAGGAGUCCGAAAAACAACCGUCCAUUGAGGACAAGUACGUUGUUAAGGAUCUCUUGGGGACAGGAGCUUUUUCAGAAGUACGUCUAAUUGAAAGCAAGGAAAACGGACAAUUAUUUGCUUGCAAAAUUAUUGAUAAGAAAGCUCUGAAAGGGAAAGAAGACUCAUUGGAAAAUGAAAUUAGAGUACUUAAAAAAUUUAGUGAAAACGAAAAAAGCGAAGGAGGUGAUAAAAAGAUGUUUUCACAUCCCAAUAUCGUCCAGCUGCUAGAAACAUAUGAAGAUAAAAACAAGGUUUAUCUCGUUAUGGAGCUAGUGACGGGUGGCGAGUUAUUUGAUCGUAUUGUUGAAAAAGGCUCGUAUACCGAGAAAGAUGCAUCUAAUCUUAUUAGACAAGUGUUGGAAGCCGUAGAUUAUAUGCAUUCACAAGGUGUGGUACACAGAGAUUUGAAACCUGAAAAUCUCCUUUAUUAUAGUGCAGAGGAGGACAGUAAAAUCAUGAUAAGCGAUUUCGGUCUGUCCAAAAUAGAGGACUCGGGAGUUAUGGCCACAGCAUGUGGUACUCCUGGCUAUGUUGCUCCUGAAGUUCUUGCACAGAAACCAUACGGUAAGGCUGUCGAUGUGUGGAGCAUAGGAGUGAUUUCAUAUAUAUUACUUUGUGGUUACCCUCCCUUUUAUGAUGAAAAUGAUGCAAAUCUCUUUGCUCAGAUUCUGAAAGGUGACUUUGAAUUUGACUCUCCUUAUUGGGAUGACAUCAGUGAAUCUGCUAAAGAUUUUAUUCGUCACUUGAUGUGUGUGGAUGUUGAGAAGAGAUAUACAUGCAAGCAAGCUCUGGGUCAUCCAUGGAUUUCAGGCAAUGCCGCUAGUAAUAAGAACAUUCAUGGUACUGUUUCGGAGCAGCUCAAAAAGAAUUUUGCAAAAUCCCGCUGGAAACAGGCUUAUCAUGCUACUACGGUUAUCCGUCAAAUGCAGAAAAUGAUCCUGAGCAGCAGUGGCUCAAGUCGCAAUGUCCAGUCGAAGCCCCAACAAUAGCUUUGCUUGUCAACAACCGCUUAAUAUGUGAUUAAGGUACUUAAAGAUAUAUUCCCUUAUAAGUUGGUUCCCAACUAAUUUAAUGAUAGCCAUAUAUUACAACUCUUCAAUUUAAGCCUGUAAUUGAUAUUCAUUGAUGGGGAAAAUGCCGGCAAGCAAUAUCUGGCAUUUGUAUUGCUAAAUUUAUAUCAUUGCAUUAAUAGUGGGUGUGUUUGUGACGGCUGAGUGUAAUCACCCAUUGUACAGUAAUGGAUGACAAUCAACGAAUUGUUAAUAUAAUAUUGGGCUAGUCAAGAAAAUAUAUUUGAAUAUAAAAUUAUAUUAUACCUUCAAAAUAAUAUCAGUUUGAAAUGUAUAAUAAAAUUUUUGCUAUCCGCUUUUUUGCUCGCUAUUCCUUGAAUCUCACUCUUAAAGCCAUGUCAUUUAUAAUCUCUACAUUUUACAUGUCAUUGUAUAUUAAUGUGUAUAUUAAAGUAUAUAAGAGAAUCUUCAUUUACACUGACUAUUAGAUAUUAAGAAAAAAACAUUAUCUUCUAAACAUUCUAUACUGGUAGAUAUGGUGAACACUUAAUGCUAGGGUUUGUUGCAAGUUGUUAUGAAUUAUAAUUAAUUAAAUAAAAUAGGACAAAUAUGGGCUUCAGUACAUAAUCAUAUAUGAAUCGUUACAAACGGUUGUCCGUGGAGUGUUUUAAUACAUGUUAUUAUCAUCAAAGGACUAUUAAUCAAAAAUUUGCUUGUUAGGAAAUUGCUAGGAUUUUUGAUUGGCCGCUGUUUAAGGUUUAUAUCAAUAAAUUAUGCAAUUUGAAUCAUUGCACCCCAUAUAUGCAUUUGAGUGCAGUAAAAUAAUUCUCAUAAUAAAAUUUUGCUGUACUUUAGUGUGUGUGCACGAGAAUUCCCUAUAUAAUCAACAUUCACAUAUUGUUAAAGAUUUUCCAUACUCUCUAUGUAAGUGAUGUGUCUAAAUCUGACUUAUCUUGAAUCUACAGACGUUUUAAACAAAGCUAACGUAAUUUAUUUUGUUAUUAUAUACUACGAAAUCGCUGUCAUAUCAAUAUUUUUAAUCAUAAAUGAUACAUAUUUUACAAUCUAGAAAAAUAUUUUUUUCUGGGCCUAAUGUAACAAUUCAGGUGUUUUAAAACAUUCAGUCACAUGAUGUGAAUUUAAUAAGUGUUCUUAUUAAUAAAUCAAUAAGAUUUUACACAUAAUGGAUUAUAUUUUGGCUCAUAAAAUAUAUUUUAGACACAAAUUAUUACAGAAAUAAAACGAUAAUCUUGUGAACACAUCUAAACGGCGAGCUACAAAAUAUAUGUUAUUCAAACUGUAGUAUGUGAGUUACUAUUGCUAGGUGCUGUAAGGUACUUAUCUUUCAUAUGCCUUAUUAAUAUUUUAACGUAACUAUAAAUUAUCUACUCGUAAUGUUGCAUUUUGUGUCCCAUAUCUCUUCUAUACUGUUCUAUGUUUUAUAUAUAUUUUUUAUAUUUCAAACAUUCCUCUAGAGGAUCUGGAAAUUAUUGGUAACAUACAUUCCAUUUUUCAGUAUUUGCACUUUGCUAUUGCGGUUAAUACCUUAGUUGUGUAUGGUCAUAAAAUAUUUUUUUUUUAUGUAUUCCUUGAUGAGAUUUAGAAAUGAUGUAACUAAUACUUUGUCAUUUUACAAAAAUACAUUUUAUUGAAUAUUAAUAAUAUAAAUUGUAACAAGAUUUUUCCUUAAUUAUUUUCUUGGUUUUUUGUCUUCCGUCCACACCUUUCAAGAUCAUUUGAGCCCAUGAAAUAUGUUAUGAAUCACCCAACGAUUAAUCAGACUUUAAUGCUGUAUUUAAUUUUCCCUUAAGAAAUAUCCUGAAAAAUAUAAACGUGUCUUGUGUUCAUGAAGGCUGUGACGGAAGAACUGAAUUUAAUAUUCGUCUAUUUAAUAGUAAUGUGAUUAGGUAAAAUUAAGAUUUAAAAAAAAAAAGGAUAUAUAUAUUCUUAAGUUUGUCGUCUAAAAUUAUAAAGUCUUAAUAACCUUGCGAAUCAUGACAUUGCUGUAUUUCUUUACUGCCAUUGCACGUAAAUGAUUUUAUUAAAAACUCCUUCGUGCUCUCAACGAAAAUAGAUCGCAUCAUGUGUUAUUGCCGAUAACCUUUGAUGUUUAGGUAUCUUGAUGUAUUCGUUCCACACAUGAUAAUUGCUUAUUUUAGUUCCAAGUUACGCCGUGGCAUUGUUUUCUGAUUAUAAAAAUUAAACGAGCGUCUCGAUUAAUUGAUUUGCUAAUUAAUAAUCGCUUCAAGAUUCAUAUGUAGCACUGAUAUUUACCGAACUGUCGACCGUGUUGUGUUCCUUAAUAAUUUUAGUAAUAAUACUUUUUUUUUUUUUAACACUCGAUCUGGUCUGCUUCUAGUGAUUAUAUCGACAUUAAAAUAUUUUUUCUGUAUCGAAUAUUAUAGUAACAUUAUUAUUUUUUUUAAUACAUUUUGUUACGUAUCUGUAUAAUCUUUCUGUAAUAAUGUAUUUUUUUAAAGCAUCCUCGCUUUGUAUUUUACGUAAAUGUGUAUAAUUUAUUUAUUAUAAAUAAGUGUUGAAUGUAUAAUCAUAUUAUAUGUAUGUUAUAUAUUUAUUUGUGCCAUUAUAUGUUCGUUGGAAGCCUUUUAACAAUGCGUGAUAAAUAAAUUUAGAUAGCAUAGGCAUUACUUGUUCUUCUAAAAAAAAAUAUAAUAAAAAAUGAAAUGUUAAAUUUAAAUUGUUGUGUAUUGGAAAAUAAAUAUAUUAAGAUCUAUGUCGUAAUAAGUAUAAAAAUAUGCAAAUUAUUAUGUACCUUAUAAUGUAUCAAUAAAAAUAUUAUUUUAAAUAUUGUACGUAAAGUUAUACAACACGUAUGUUUAUUUCGAAAGAGCGCACAUUUGAUAAAAUUUAGUAAAUUGUAUUUUUUUCCCUUGUUCGUACGAAUUUAUUUUCUAUACAAUAAAUACGAACUGUGAGACAGUGGUGUCUCUGUACAGACCUAUCCUUAUAUAUAGUAAUAUGCUUAGCCUACGUUUGCAACGUCGCAUACAUACAGACCGUUAAUAGUUCUCCAUUCAUAAAUUAUAGUAUUUACGUAAUUUAUUGAAAGAUAAACGAGAUAUUCCACGUAUGUACCGUGACGGUGCUACGUACUAAGCAUACAGACAGUUCAACGAUUCAAAUAUAUAGUUGAAAUAAUAACAGACCUUGCCAUAUUUAAAUGCGGGUUACUAUACGAAUUAUAUUUUUUAAUCUGUAACGUUUAUUUUUGUAAUACAACACUCGCUCUCUUGAAGGUCAUUCUAUUGUUUCAUUGCUGUGCCAAAUCAUAUCAUGAUCAGUGAUACAUGUUAUAAUUUUUAAUUAAGAUAAUCAUAUAUUUGUUAGAGAAUGUACUGAGAUUAUUUGUAUCUUAAUCAGAUGGGAUUCUGCGGUUCUGGGACUUAUAUAUUGAUGUUCCUGGACAUAAGAAACUCGGUAUUUCAUUGUUUUUUUUUGUACAUUUAAUAAUCGUAAGAGCAUACUUAAUAUUACCUAACAUUUACUAUUUUUCGAAGGGUUAUUACUUAAAUGUGUUCUUAAAUUGACACAUUAUAAUUUUGUUAGCACAAUAGUUUAAGGGCUGGGAUAAAAUUUUAUUAAAAUCGACAA